AUGCAUUUCCGACGUACAGCCAUUGAAAUUGAGGCUCCAGAAGAAGUUGGCCAAACGAUUCACCACAACCUUUGCGAUAGUGCUGUCGGCGACCGAAGCCUCAACGACCUAGGUAUCACUGUACCCAAAGACCUUCCAUUGUCGUACAGUGUCCACCUGGGCAGUCAUCGAUUCCGUUCGCUUAUUGCGGAGCGAUAUGGCCUGGAAGCCGAGAAUAUUCUGAUUACUGCAGGAGCGUCUUCCGCGUUGUUCAUCGUCGCCACUUCUCUUCUCAGUCAGAAAGAUCAUCUCAUCAUAACUCGACCAAACUACGCUAGCAAUGUCGAAACACCCAGAGCGAUAGGCUGCGAGAUAACCUACGUGGAUUUGGAGUUUGAAAAGGAUUUUCAGCUUGAUGUCAACGACAUAGCUUCGGCAAUCAAACCAAAUACCAGGCUGAUUAGUCUUACCACUCCGAACAACCCUACAGGCACAGCUAUACCAGGUGAAGACCUGCGCAGAGUUGUGGAGUUGGCCAAGACUCAUGGCUGCUACGUCUUGGUCGAUGAGACCUAUGCAGAGCUAACAUAUGUGGAUCGACAACCUGGCGCUGCAUCGCUUGGAGCACACGUUGUCGGGGUUUCUUCCAUGUCGAAAGCUUUUGGUGUUCCUGGUAUACGAGUCGGAUGGAUAUCGUCCAAAAACAAAGAAAUCCUAGAGGUCUUCCUGGCAGCUAAAGAGCAGAUCAGCAUCACUGUUAGCGUUAUUGACGAGUACGUGGCAGAGCAGAUUUUGGAGCGCUGCGACGAGAUUUUGAACCCAAUCAUACAAGAAAUGAAACUGCGGCUGCAUAUGGUGGAGGCAUGGGCCGCCUCGGAAGACCUCAUCGAGUGGGUUCGACCGACUGGAGGUGUAAUGGGCUUCAUGCGAAUGACGAAGGAGCCUACCGGAGGCACAAGCUUGUUUUACGAGAGAUUGCUGGCGGAACAUGGCACGUACGUGGGGCCUGGCCAUUGGUUUGAAUGGCCUGAUACCUAUUUCCGGCUUGGGUACGGAUGGCCAACCGCAGAGAGCCUAGAGAAGGGUCUGGUGGCAAUAUCGAAAGCAAUGCGUGGUUGA